UUCUUGCGUAAGCCGAAUCAAAGCUAUCCACUAUUGAUAACCCGACAUUGGAAAAAAGGUGUUCUUUUGAGUUGCUGGUAAUUUUCUUGCAUAGUUCCCAUAGUUUGGAACCUUUCACAGUGAGAGGCGGAUUGCAUUAUAUGUUACGCCAAGAAGAAAAUGGACACAUACAGAGCGACCAGAUUGUUUUUCUUAUCGGCGUGUGUUUUGAUGGGGACAAGUAUAUCAGUCGGCGAUGUACAUGAAUGUUUGCAAUCUUGCGUAAACGACGGAUCUUGUCCUCAUUUGGACAAAGUAUCGACAACAUUUUUAAACCUGGAUGCUGAUUGUCAGAGCUGUCUGUUAUACGAAUGUGAUGGAAACAAAGACAGAAUAUGUCUGGUGAAUUCUCGUAGUAGAUGUGCAAGUUGUUCAGAUGUGAAUGCAGAAGAUAGAAAUCAAUUUGAGGUGUGCGAGAAUUGCAUCGAGCAAUGCUUUUCACCAGAUUCGGCGACUAUGAAACCUGCUACGACAGAAAUGGAAACCGAUGUCACAACUGAUAUGACAACUGUUUUCACCACUGAUAUGACAACUGACUUCACAACUGAUAUGACAACUGUUUCCACCACUGAUAUGACAACUGACUUCACAACUGAUAUGACAACUGUUUUCACCACUGAUAUGACAACUGUUUUCACCACUGAUAUGACAACUGACUUCACCACUGAUAUGACGACCGACGUCACUACUGAUAUGACAACGGAAUCCACCACUGAUAUGACAACGGAAUCCACCACUGAUAUGACAACGGAAUCCACCAUUGAUAUCACAACCGGCAUCGCCACGGAUAUGAGUACGGCUGCCUCAAUUGAAAUUAAAAGUAGUGCCACGACACAAGAAACAACAGUUGGCGAUAAUAUUACCGGGACCACAUUUGAGCAGGAAAGCACGACUACGUUGAAAACAUCAACCGCCAUAAGGCUCGAAAAAUCAACGCCGAAAUCGACAACAGUCAUCGUUUCGUCCACAGCAAGUCCGUAUCAUAUCGCCACUACACAUCAACAGGAAGCAGUCGUUCCAAUUGUAACGAGUUCUGAAAAUUCGAACACGACUAAUACAAACGUGAUAUAUAUGACAACAAAUGUAACAACACAAAUCCCGUCGAAGUUUGACUCACCUUCAACCAUUGUCAGUAUCGAAAAGCCAUCUACUACUUCUAGUACAGCAGAAUACUAUACAGGUACAAACAUUUUGAUUACAACUCAAGAAUCCCUUGCUGAAAGCAGUGAAGAGACAACCACAAACAUGGAUGACGAGAGACCUGUAGCAAAAACUUAUUCUCCGACGACUGUCAGCAACGCUGUCAUGACAACACAGGACCUUGACAGUAGAUCUACGUCACAACCUCACACAACCGUUAUCCCAACAACUACACUUGAUAGCCAUUCAACUACAGGUGCUGUGAAGAUGACGAGGUCGCCAUUUUCAACAAAAAUAAGUAUUGCUCAAACACCUACCCCACCUGACAGUACAGGUAUACCAAAUGCUCCAGCAGUUGAAAAGUCAACAGUAAAAUGCACGGAUAAGCAACCAUCAACAAUGACGUACGUAACCACGGACAAUGAAUAUGUUUCAUCAUCUACUCAUUAUAUUCCAACAAAGAAAACAACUACGCAACCACAAGGCAGAACGUCAACCUUUUACACAGAACUAACUACAAAGGGCACAACUCCACAAUAUAUCGGUAGAUUUACAACCCAGAGGCCGAAAACAACAACAAAAUAUUUCACCAGAACAAGUACAGUUGAACCAGAAUCAAGCAAACAAACCACCGAAUUACCAUUCUCAAGAUUCACCCGACCCGACAGACAAACAAGAUUUCCUUUUCGGUGGUGGUUCCAGAGAACAACUACCCCGCCCCCAACAACUACCACGAAACCAAGCAAAAUCGUCGGUGAAUGCGUCGAUAACUGUAUUGAACACAACAAAUCAUUCAUUACCAGAACAUGUAGAAUUUGCGUUAGAUCAACUUGCGGUAGUACACUCACCAGCAAAUGCGCGUGUGAAGCUAUUAAAAUCUGCAGAAAAUGCAACGUCUUUAUUGACGGGAUAGUCUGCAAACACUGUAGAAGGCGCUGUAGCAACGUCGGAUUUUUCCGUUUGUUUUCUCGACGAGAAGAAUAAAAUGAGAAGCCGGGUGCUGUAGCAUAUUGAUGACGACAAAAUAUGAUAUCUUUACAUUGCCUUAUCAAAGACCAACAAGAGCUGCAAUAAAAAUUUAGGAUAAAAUUUAGGAGUUGUUAAUGUUGCUUGUAGUUUACCUGUUUAACACAAGAGUUGGACGUGAUGGUAUUUGUCGGUAUAUUUUUUCUUAUGUUAUUGUUUCAAAAUUGUACAUUUGGUCGUGUUUUUGUGACAAUAAACUCGGAUCUUUGAACCGCCGCAA